AUGCCAGCCAUCCUGGUGGCCUCCAAGAUGAAGUCAGGACUCCCCAAACCCAAACCGGUGCACAGCGCCCGGCCCAUUCCCCAGCAGACCCCCAGCAGGCCGGCGGCUCUCGCUCUGUCUCCAGCACCCAUCAAGAGCCACAUCCCUUCACUGGGGCACCAGGUGGGGUCAGGACCCCCCCCGAGGAGCAAGGCUGCCGGGUCAGAGGCUGGAGACAACACUCAGGUACACUGUCGGGUGGUGGGAUCAGGGCUGAGGGUUCUUCUUAACCUCAUAGAACCUGUGAGAGGAGAUUCCUCAGAGGGCCUGACCCCGCAGCCGUCGGUGAUGACUGAGCAUGCUCCGUCGUCUGCAGUGAUCGUCAGCUCCUCCACCAGCAUCCCCGCUGCUACCUCCACCCUGAUUCCUCCCUCGUCUUCAUCGACGUCCUCGUCCUCCUCGUCCACGGCCAUUCCCCAGCCGAACAGCAACAGCAAGCCGUGGAGGAGCAAGUCGAUGAGCUCCAAGCACUCGUCCUCCACCUCUCUGUCGUCCACCAGCACCCCCGCGUCUGCCAUGCAGUCCGUCAAGCAGGAGAAAGACACCUCCUGCAAAACGGCUGCAGCAACCGAAGCUCCUCCGAAGGCCGUCGCUCAGAGGUCGAUGCUGGAGAAGCUCAAGCUCUUCAACAGUAAAGGAAGCUCCAAAUCUUCCACCUCCUCCAAUGGAGUAGGGGCCCAGACUGAUAAUUCCGCCUCAGCCAGGCAGCUCGGAGCAGGGCAGGUGGAGACCGGCUCCAACACAGAUCUCCUGGGACAAGAUGAAGGUAACGUCAGACCGGGAAUGAACGGAACCAGCAAUGGUGCCGGUCCAGGACCAAGUGUCUCCACAAUUGCCAGCAGCCCCAAAAUCGCCCUGAGGGGUAUCGCCCAGCGGACCUUCAGCAGAGCUAUGACUGCCAAGAAGAGCUCUGUCAAAGGCCUCGAGAAAGAAAAGGAGAAGGAGAGGGGGAAGGAGAAGGAGAAGGAGAAGGAGAAGGAGAAGGACAGAGGGAAGGAGGUGGGGAAACGCGUCUCGGUCCCUGACAGGACAGAGCUCAGGGGAGAGGAGACGAAGGAGGAAGUAUCGCCCGUCCCUUCAGACGCAGACAGCUCGAAUAAAAGGACUUCUAAAAUCGCCAGCUUCAUUCCCAAGGGGGGUAAGGCGGCGAAAAAGGAGAGUUCCACUCCUGCACACAGCGGAAUACCAAAGCCAGGAGGCAAAGCCCCGGGAGUGGGGGGGAAGGCCUCCUCAGUGAAGGAGGCAGGGGAGAGGCCUCGGAGCAUGCGGUUGGGGGGGGGCCUCGCCAUGCACCGCGCCCCCCUGGAAAGAGACAGGGACAGCAGACACUCCAGCUCUACCUCCAGCCUGGCCUCCAGCGAGGGCAAGAGCAGCGCCGCCCCUGUGGCCGGAGGCGGCACGACGCAGAGCACAGCCAGCAACACGGUCAGCGUGCAGCUACCUCAGACCCAACAGCACCACAGCCACCCCAACAUGGCCACCGUCGCCCCCUUCAUGUACAGAUCCCAAACAGACGACGAGGGAACCGCCAGCUCCGAGGGCGGCUCGGGGGGGAGAGGUGGAGACGUUGCCUUCACCAAGUCGGGCCAGCCCUCCAUCGAGGACCUCUCAGGUGAAGACCCGGAGACCAGGAGGUUGAGAACGGUGAAGAACAUCGCAGACCUGCGGCAAAACCUGGAGGAGACCAUGUCCAGCCUGCGAGGAACUCAGGUCACACACAGCACCUUGGAAACCACCUUCGAUGGCAGCGUCACCACAGACAUCACCAGCAGCGGCGGCAGCAGCACCAACAAUGGCGCCGCCGGUCGCAGCAUCCUCAGCCUCACCUCCACCCGCCCCUCCCUGUCCUCAUGGCGACUGGGCCAGUCCAGCCCUCGUCUGCAGGCGGGCGACGCCCCCUCUUUGGGGAACGGCUACGGUGGGCGGGUGGGCGGCGGCGGCGGCGGCGGCAGCCAGGGAGGACGCUACCUGUACCCCGGGCACCUGCGUCGGCAGCUGGCCGGCAGAGGAGGAGCCAUCUGCAGCGUGGAGCUCGGAGACAGAGCCGGGGAGGACAUGGACCUGGACGGCAUGGAGGUCACCGGCUACAUGAGCGACGGAGACGUGCUGACGAAGAACGCUGCUCGCACCGAUGAUGUCACCAGCGGAUACAUGACUGACGGAGGUUUGGGACUUUACACGCGGCGUCUGAACCGGCUGCCCGACAGCAUGGCCGCCGUCCGGGAGACGCUCCAUCGGAAGACGUCCACGGGCCAGGGAGAUGCUGACAGCUGGGAUGACAGCAGCUCAGUGAGCAGCGGCAUCAGCGACAACAUUGACACAGAUGACAUCAACACCAGCUCCUCCAUCUCCUCCUACGCCAACACACCGGCGGCCCAGCGCAAGGGGAUCAACGCACAGCCUGUGACGGAUGCAGAGAAGCACUCGGCCUCCACCGCGCUGCACCAGGCCUGGUCGGGGGACGAGGUGAAGAGGCCAGACGGGGGGGGGUCAGACAGCGGGGUCAGGAUGGAGCCGGGCUCCAAGUGGAGCCGCAGGAACCCCUCCGACAUUUCAGACGAGUCGGACAAGGGCGGCUCGGGGAGGAAGACGCCCUCAGUGUCCCACACGGGCUCCUGGAGGAGAGGCAUGAGCACUCAGGUCGGGGUGACGUCCCCUCGGACUAAGAGCUCCAGCAGCGCGGGCUCAUCGGGCCCCGUCGGGCUCAAGGGCCACAGCUCAGGGAAGACGGAUGACGUCAAGGUGUCAGAGAAAGGACGCGUGUCCCCUCGGGCGAACGGCCUCCACCGCUCGCCCUCGGACGCCGGACGCAGCAGCGGCGACGAGGCCAAGAAACAUUCCAUCUCCAGCAGCCGCGCGUCCACAACCAGCGUCCUCACGCACACCGUCUCAGACCCACACUCACAGACACACACGCACACCUCACGCACCCCCACCAGCACCUUCGGCUUCAAGAAGCAGGGCCACGGGAUGGUGACCAUGGUCACGGCCAGCGGUGCCACCAUCACCAGUGGUUCGGCCACCCUGGGGAAGAUGCCCAAAUCUGGGGCGCGCUCACUGGCAGGAGGCCUGAAGGCCAGCGGGCAGGAGGGCGGGGGGGCCCCGGGUCACCACGAUGACGGCUUCCUGUCCAUGAGCGCCCGCUCCACGCUGCAGUACCGCAGCCUGCCGAGGCCCAGCCGCUCGGGGGCCGCCGCCCGCCACGGGAACCGCUCGUCCACCAGCAGCAUCGAGGCCGCCGUGCUCUCCGUCACCUCACACGGCAAAAACCACGUCAGCCUCGCCAAGGCCAACGGCUCGGGGGGGCUCCUGGCCAAUCAGACGGAUCGGGAGAAGGGAGUCUCGGACAUCGACAGCCUGAGGGGCGGGGUCGUGAUGCAGGGUGGGGGGGCAGCGACUGUUCCUCUGACUGGGAGGCAGCAGGUCUCCUCACCCACACUUCGCAGGUUGUUUGGUGUGAAGCCCGGUAAACAGGCUCCGGUCACCACGGCCGAGAACAUGAAGAACGCCACCGUUAUCUCCAACCCCCACGCCACCAUGAACCACGUGACCACGGUGCUGGAGUCACCUGACGGAGGCCUGGGCGGAGCAGACAGCGAGACCAGCAGCCCCCUGUUCGGAGGCAGGGCACUGGGAUCGGGGACUGGGACGCUGGGCAGCGAGCAGGCCUCCAGCCCCGGCUCAGUCUACUCCUCCACCGGCCCCUCCAACAGCCUCACCUGGGGCACCACCUUCAGCAGCUCCUCCGCCCCGAGCAGGGAGAGCACGCUGGGGGGACACGGCGGGACGGGCAGCAUGGGCUACCCCUCCGUCAGCAGCAUGCACACCAGCAGCGAGUCCAUCGACAUGAGUCUGGGCAGCGUGGGAGGAGGAGGUGCCGGCCACGGGACCCACAGGGAGGACACCCUGUCCGCACUGGGACGCACCGGCAGCGUGAAGACGGGCAUGUCUGAGAGUCCCCUCUCCUCCCCCACCGCUAGCCCCAUAUUCAGCCGAAACACGCUGCCUCGGAAGCAGGACAGCGGGACUCACUGUGGUAGAAACACUCUGCCUAAGAAGGGACUCAGGUACGGCCCCACGCCUCAGCUGCGGAGCCACGAGGAGGCCCGUGAUUGGCUGCGCUCCCACUCCACCAGCGGGCUGCAGGAGUCGGCCAGUAACUCCCCGUUCUCCCCCGGCUCCAGCAUCACCUCCCCCUCCGGCACGCGCUUCAACUUCGCACAGCUCGCCUCCAGCCCGACCUCAGGAGCUCAGAACAACAUCGCCGGUCUGCGCAACAACAGCCUGACCAAUCAGGACGCGACCUUCGACCCCUGCGCUGACAACAGGCUGAGGAACUCCUGCAUGUCGCUGGACGAGAAGACUCGCACCAUGAGCCGCUCGGGCUCCUUCAGGGACGGCUUCGAGGAAGUUCAUGGAUCCUCUCUCUCCCUGGUCUCCAGCACCUCCUCCAUCUACUCCACGAACGAGGAGAAGUCCCAGUCGGAGAUCCGUAAGCUGCGCCGGGAGCUGGAUGCCUCCCAGGAAAAAGUUUCCGCCCUGACGACACAGCUGAGUGCCAACGCUCACCUGGUGGCAGCAUUCGAACAGAGUCUGGGCAACAUGACCAUCCGGCUGAAGAGUCUCACCCUGACCGCCGAGCAGAAGGACUCUGAGCUGAACGAGCUGAGGAAGACCAUCGAGCUGCUGAAGAAGCAGAACGCCGUGGCCCAGGCGGCCAUCAACGGAGUCAUCAACACACCGGAGCUCACGCCGAGACGGGACAGGACAGGCAGCAGCAAUGGAAGCCCUCAUCAGCAUCAUCCUCAUCCUCAUCCUCAUCAUCAUCAUCAUCAUCAGCAGCAGCAGCAGCAGCAGCAGCAGCAGCAGCCCGACCUGCGCAUCAGGAGGCAGCACUCGUCCGACAGCGUCAGCAGCAUCGCCAGUGCCACCAGUCAUUCCAGUGUGGGCUCCAACAUGGACGCCGACGCAAAGAACAAGAAGAGGAACAAGAAGAACUGGCUGCGGAGCUCCUUCAAACAAGCGUUCAGCAAGAAGAAGUCUCCCAAGUCGGCCUCGUCUCACUCGGACAUCGAGGAGAUGACCGACUCGUCUCUCCCCUCGUCCCCGAAGCUUCCCCACAACGGAACCUCGGCCGCCGGCCACAUGCUCCGGAGCACACACUCCAACUCCCUGUUGUCCGAGUGCCUGGACUCCGAGGCGGAGAUGGUGAUGCAGCUGAGGAGCGAACUCCGAGAGAAGGAGAUGAAGCUGACGGACAUCCGCCUGGAAGCCCUCAGCUCCGCCCACCAGCUGGACCAGCUCCGGGAGGCCAUGAACCGCAUGCAGCUGGAGAUCGAGAAGCUGAAGUCAGAGAACGCCUGUCUGAAGGUGGAGAACCACGGCAGCAGGACGGGCUCUCAGGUCUCCGUCUCCUCGUCUCCUCCCGCUCACACCAACAGCCACAGUGCCGCGGGACCUGGCCUGUCUCAGCACAGCCUCAACCUCACCACCAGCGAGUCCACCAGCCUGGACAUGCUGCUGGACGACACCGGCGGAGAUGGAGGGAUGAGGAAGGAGGGGAGACACGUGAAGGUCGUGGUCAACCUGGAGGAGGACAGCAAGUGGGGAGAGGAGGGUCGGUGUCGCCAUUUUCUGAUCGGGUGCAUCGGCGUGAGCGGUAAAACCAAGUGGGACGUCCUGGACGGAGUGGUCCGCCGCCUCUUCAAGGAGUACAUCACCCACGUGGACCCGGUGAGCCAGCUGGGCCUGAGCUCGGACAGCGUGGAGGGGUACAACAUCGGGGAGAUCCACCGGCCCAGCAGCCUCAGCGCCGCCCGCACCCCCGAGCUGCUGCCCUGUGGCUACCUGGUGGGGGACAGCAACACCAUCAGCAUCCAGCUCAAAGGUGUGACCAGUAAGAACGUGGACUCACUGGUGUUCAACACUCUGAUCCCGAAGCCGAUGCUGCAGCGCUACGUGUCCCUGCUGAGGGAGCACAGACGGGUCAUCCUGUCGGGCCCCAGCGGCACAGGGAAGACCUACCUGGCCAAUCAGCUGUCCCGACACCUCCUGCUGCUGGAGGGCCGACCUCUGACCCCUCGGGCCGUCGUCACCUUCAACGUGGACCACAAGUCCAGCAAGGAGCUACGUCAGUACCUGACAGGUUUGGCGGAGCAGUGCAGCGGUGUACCGGGGGUGGAGAGCCCCCUGGUGGUCAUUCUGGACAACCUGCACCACGUCAGCUCGCUGGGGGAGAUCUUCAACGGCCUCUUCAACUGCAACUCCAAGCACUGUCCGUACAUCAUCGGCACCAUGAGCCAGGCCACGUCCUCCGCCCCCAACCUGCAGCUUCACCACAACUUCAGGUGGGUGCUGUGUGCCAACCACAUGGAGCCGGUGAAGGGCUUCCUCGGCCGCCACCUGAGGAGGAAGCUCAUCGAGACGGAGAUCGCCAGCCGGACGCGGAACAUGGAGCUGGUGAAGAUCAUCGAGUGGAUCCCCCGGGUCUGGCACCACCUGAACCGCUUCCUGGAGACGCACAGCUCCUCCGACGUCACCAUCGGACCUCGUCUCUUCCUGUCCUGUCCCAUGGACGUGGAGGGGUCCAGGGUUUGGUUCACUGACCUGUGGAACUACUCCAUCAUCCCCUACAUGCUGGAGGCGGUGCGGGAGGGGCUGCAGCUGUACGGCCGCAGGGCCGCGUGGGAGGACCCGGCCGCCUGGGUGAUUGACAACUACCCGUGGUCAGCCACGCCCACUCCAGCGGAAUGGCCCCCCCUGCUGCAGCUGCGCCCGGAGGACGUGGGGUUCGAUGGCUACUCGGCCCCGAGGGAGGGAGUGAGGAAGGAGCCCCCACAGAGCGACAGCGACGCAGACCCACUGAUGAACAUGCUGAUGCGCCUGAAGGAGGCGGCCACGUCCUCCAGCCCUCAGAGCUACGACAGCGACUCCAACAGCAACAGCCACCAGGACGACCUCCUGGACUCGUCGCUGGAAUCGACUUUGUGAUGUCACCAAAACGCCGGUUUCACGUUUUCAGGAGAAACUUGUUUUUUUUUUUAAAUAAGGAGCGUUCUCACUGUGAGAGCAUCAGAGUCCAGCCACCUUAAAUUUGGGUGCAGGUAACCCAAAUAUUUAAAAAGAAGAGUAAAGUUAAGAUUACAUUUCAGAAAUCAAAUACAGAGGUUUCUACUGGACUGUUUAGUUCGUCCUUAUUUCUUUUUUCACCGCUGUGGCCCCGGGCUCCCGUCAGGAGCCUCCCGUCAGACAGACAGAAUAAAAGCACACAGGCAUCAUCAUGUCCCUCAUCGUCCAGCCAUCAGCACCAACCAGGACUCGUCUGUCCUCCACUGGGACAAAGCUCCGGCUCAUCAGGCUGA